AGAUUUUGCUGGUUCCGCAUUUCGGGUCUGUGAGGUGGGGGAGGUGGGGAGGCGGACGCCGCGGUUUACUCCGGCCUGCAGCCGCGGAAACCCGGGCUCGGAGACCCUGCUGCCAGCCUCCCGCUGUCUGUGAACAGAGGACCGUCCUCUUACUCUCGGUUCCCGCGCCAGUUCCGAAUCCUGACGGGGUGGGGGCCAGCGGCCCCUCCCCUGUUCUCCAAGGACCGAAGAUGAGCUUCCUCUUCAGUAGCCGCUCUUCUAAAACAUUCAAGCCAAAGAAGAAUAUCCCUGAAGGUUCUCACCAAUAUGAACUCUUAAAACAUGCAGAAGCAACUCUAGGAAGUGGGAAUCUGAGACAGGCUGUUAUGUUGCCAGAGGGAGAAGACCUCAAUGAAUGGAUUGCAGUUAAUACUGUGGAUUUCUUCAAUCAGAUUAACAUGUUAUAUGGAACUAUUACAGAAUUCUGCACGGAAGCAAGCUGUCCAGUCAUGUCAGCAGGUCCCAGAUAUGAAUAUCAUUGGGCAGAUGGUACUAAUAUUAAAAAGCCAAUCAAAUGUUCUGCACCAAAAUACAUUGACUAUUUGAUGACUUGGGUUCAGGAUCAGCUUGAUGAUGAAACUCUUUUUCCUUCUAAGAUUGGUGUCCCAUUUCCCAAAAACUUUAUGUCUGUGGCAAAGACCAUCUUAAAGCGUCUGUUCAGGGUUUAUGCCCAUAUUUAUCAUCAGCACUUUGAUUCUGUGAUGCAGCUGCAAGAGGAGGCCCACCUCAACACCUCCUUUAAGCACUUUAUUUUCUUUGUUCAGGAGUUUAAUCUGAUUGAUAGGCGGGAGUUGGCACCUCUUCAGGAAUUAAUUGAGAAGCUUGGCUCGAAAGACAGAUAAAUGUUUCUUCAAAACAAAGUUACUCUUGCUUCAUCUACUGCUAGAGCUAUUUCAUUGUUACCUGUUAUAGACUAGUGAUACAGACUUUAAGAAAACAAGAUAAAAAGAUACCUAUUUUUUGUGUCUACAAAUAAAAUUGUCCCAAAGGUAGGUGGGCCUGAUAGUUUCAGAGUGAGAUCUUAAGAACACAUCAAAAUCAGAGGGACUGUGGGACCAUUCCCAUUAUUUUCAGCCAUACUUGGUUUUAACACGUAAUGACUAGCCUGUAGUUUAUUAGUUUUCUUCUUAUUUUUACUCAGCAAAAUGAUUGAGUCUGUUUCAGUUGACCAGCAUAACAGAUAGUAAGAGUUUUUACCAAUAAUUUAUUACUAAGUUUCCAGAACAAAUUUCCUAAUAACACAAUCAGAUCAGUUUUAUUCUUUUAUUUUAUAAAAGAAAUUUUAUUUUUAAGUUUCCUUAACAUUUAGAACUUUUGUGUCACUUUGGAUAAUUUUUAGUUUCAAGUUGGAAUGCUAGUGUUUUUAAAGAUAAGAAUAUAUAUUUUUUCAAAAUCCAUGAUCACAGUUUAAAUCUCUUAUGGCAUACGUGGAAUGGGAGUAACCAAAGUUAUUUUUAAAGUGACUUUAUUUUUUAAUCUUUAUUUGGGAUUGUAUUCACAUCUAUCUAAAUUAUUAGGAAUGUGUAUGUAUCAUAGAUAAUUUUUUUUUGCAUUCUAAGGAUGGUCUCUUGUAGGUUUUUAUUUUGAAAUGCUUCUUUCAAAUCAAUUUAAUAUAUAGCUUUUGACUAAGGAAAAAAAAAGUUUCCAAAAAAUUAUGACAAACUUCGGUCUCAAAGCCACUAUUUUCAUUCAUGUUGUUUUUCAGAGGCCUUGCAGUUCUGAGUCAGAGAGUGGAAAAAGUAGAGUAUUUUAUUGUUUAAUUUCCUGAAAAUAUUACUUCUGUGUUUUUAAGAGUGGUAUAGAAAUGCACAAACUUUAUCCCAGUAAGGACAAAAUUUACAACCACAAUUAAAAAAAAACCUUGAAGGUACAUACAUUUUAUAAUUUGACACAGAAAGAUAUGUGUUUAAAGUUGACAUAAUGGGAAAAUAGUUUUUUAAAAAAAAAAAAAGACAACUUUAUAUCAUUCAGUUAAUUACUCAAAGGAUGGAUUGAGUGCCCAUAGGGUUUUAUCCUGUUUGUAUCAAAACUUGAAGUUCUUCUCUUUCUAUUGGGAUAAAAGAAUCUUCACAUUUAGUGAAAAAAAAAAAUGCCUGUUUUUCAUUUGAUUUUUGAAGA